CUCGGCGAGGGCAGCUCGGCUAGAGAGGGAAGGCGAAGCGGCGCCGACCGCGGCGGUCCUGCGGGCCCCGCACCUGGGCGCGGCCGGCGCGCUCAGGUGGGGUGGACCGGAACCAUGAGUUCCUACCUGGACUACGUGUCGUGCGGCAGCGGCAGGGGCGGCGGCGACGUGCUGAGCUUCGCGCCCAAGUUCUGCCGCGCCGACGCUCGGCCAGUGGUCCUGCAGCCCGCCUUCCCCAUAGGCAGAGGCGACGGCGCCUUCGUGAGCUGCCUGCCCCUGGCCGCGGCCCGAGCGGCGCCCUCGCCCCCGGCCGCUCCGGAGCAGCCUCCCGCGCCGCCCCCGGCCGCGCCCGCGUACGCGCCGUGCCUCCUGGAGGGGACCUACGAGCCGGGCACGGCACCUGCCGCGGCUGGGGGCGCGGACUACGGUCUCCCGGGGCCCGGGCCCCCGUACGACUUCCCGUGCGCGCUCGGGCGGCCGGCCGACGACGGCGGGGCGCACGUCCACUACGCCACCUCGGCCGUCUUCUCGGGCGGCGGCUCCUUCCUCCUCAGCAGCCAGGUGGACUACGCGGCCUUCGGCGAGCCCGCCCCCUUCCCGGCGUGUCUCAAAGAGCCGGCCGACGGCCACUCCGGGGCCUUCCAGACCGCGUCCCCGUCCCCCGGCCUCUACCCCAAGUCUGCGUCCCCUUCGUCCGGCCUCCCCGCCGCCUUCAGCACGUUCGAGUGGAUGAAAGUGAAGAGGAACGCCCCGAAGAAAAGCAAAUUCGCCAAGUAUGGAGCCGCCAACUCGUCCAGCGCGAUCCGCACGAAUUUCAGCACUAAGCAACUAACAGAACUAGAGAAGGAGUUUCAUUUCAAUAAGUACUUAACUCGGGCCCGACGAAUCGAGAUAGCCAACUCACUGCAGCUGAAUGACACCCAAGUCAAAAUCUGGUUCCAGAACCGCAGGAUGAAACAGAAGAAAAGGGAACGAGAAGGGCUUCUGCCCUUGGCCACCACCGUGACUUCCCUCCAACUUCCCCUCUCAGGAACGAGCCCCACCAACUCUGGCAAGAACCUGGGGAGCCCUUCUCAGGCCCAAGAACCUUCAUGAGGUUUAGUCACGAGGCUGAGGAACUGUGGCCUGUAGAACUUAUAGGCCACCCCACCCUUAUCUGGACUUAUUAGCUCAGUUUGGGAUGGAGGUGGGCAGGGCAGAAAUAAUAGAGGUUUCACUUGGGAGAGGAAGUAUCUUGGUGGCUUCUGAGUUCGGAGCGGUGGGUGUACAGAUGUUAAUUUGAAGUCUCUAAAGCCACUGAUCUGUGUAUUAAUUGUGUCUUAUCAGGGAAAAGGAGCCCAGCUGCCCGCCCAGCCCUGCUGCUAUGUCGCCUAACUUAGUCAUGUGCAAUUCUCGGUGCAGAGUGGCAGAGUAUUCCUUGCUGAGCUCUACCAACACCUUGAUGUGCUCAGAAGAGCAUCUACCCAAAGUUUUAUCUGGUUUUAAUUUAAAAGACAAGACUACAUGUAUUCAGCUUCUAGAGAUGACCAAAGUUAGUUAUAGUUAGGGCCUCCUUGAUGUAUAAGCUGCUUCAGCAAUGAUCUUCACGUUUGCACUACAGGUUUUGUUUGUUUUCUUUAAAAAGCAGUUUCUACCUCUCCAUGUGCCUGAGUGAAGAUACAAUCGCUGUUUAGUUUGUAGCUGAACAAAUCCACAGGGUGGGUAAAGAUCCUGAACUAUACCUUGACACCAGUUACUCAAACUUGAAUGUAAAUAUAUACAGUAUGUAUAUUUUUAAAGAGGUUUGCUUGCAGUGAACUCAUAUAUGACAUUUAAUGUCAUAGCAUGUAAAGGGUUUGAACUUUUUUUUGUAAUAAAAAUAACAGAAUGUGCUAC